GACUCGGAAGUCUGGCGUCCGAGGAUUGAGGAACACACCAUUACGUAUGUUAACGACCUGAUGGGUGCGCAAGCGCACUUCCAGCCAUGUCCGUGAAGUCCGUUCUUAAUGGUUCAACCCAAGUUUGCUUUUAGUUUAUCCCGUUUGUGUUGACUUUCCACGAUCCCUUUUACCACCAUCUUGGAUUAUGCUCAUAACAGAACCAAACGUCUCGGCCACAGUGGAUAGUCUACAAAAGUGGAUUACCGCCUAACAUAUUUAUGACGAUCUGGACGACUUCAGGAAAAGUUGUUCAGCCCUCUGCCGGAUCCUGUCCUAUCACGAUGAAAUGGAGGGCCAAACAUGAAGAUUGGAAUUAAAUUGUUCGACCUUCCAUUUUUCAUUCUAGUCACUGAUGACUCGUUCCAAAAUAUUGAACCACUGCAUUGUAAUUUCCUCAUUCAAACAAAAGUAUGUUUGACCUUGAAGUAUCCAUUUUACUCAUGGAUUGACAAAUAUGCCAUCAGCACAUGGACAACAUGAUAAUGUCAUGAUGGAGGAUAAAUCAUUGGAGAGAGCUGCCAUUACACAGACGGAAGAAUCAAAUGCCUUCAUCUGUACCGAGUGUGGUGGAGUUUUCACGAAAUACUAUAUGAUCUUGGCCCAUAUGUCCCGUCAUGUUUCUUAUGUUCCCUCCUCCGGCUCAUCAAAAGUAACUGAAUUCCCUAAAGAGUAUGUGCUCCAGGAAAAUGGUACACUGACAAUGAUAAAUGGCAGCCAAUCAGCAAAUGUACCCUCCCCUACCCUAUCUUUAGCUUCACCCUUGCAUCCCUCGGAUUGUAAUGAUGCAGCUGGAGCCAAGCAUACAGUAGCAUCUUUGCAUCUCUCUUCUUGUAAUGAUGCAGCUGGAGCCAAGCCUACAGCAGCAUCUUUGCGUCCCUCUCUUUGCAACGAUGUUGUUGGAUCCAAGCCUUCAACAGCAUCUUUGCAUCUCUCUUCUUGUAAAGAUGCUGGACCAGUCCAGAACACAGGAAGAGGCUUUGAGUGUACCUUGUGCUUUCAGAUCUUUUGGAGUAGAGAGGAAUUGAGGAAACACUUGCCUAACCAUUCACAAGAACGAUUUUACUGCUGUGGGCUUUGCGGUAAGCGUUUCCUUACACUUGAUUCAUUAAAUAUGCAUCGCAAAGAAAAUCACAUUCCUCCCAAAGCUAAAUUAUUCUGUAAAGUUGAGAAUCAAGGGCAUAAAAAUGAGAAAACCUACCCUUGUAAAAAGUGUGGUUCCGUUUUUUUCUGGUUCACAGAUUUUCAGACACACUCUCUCUACCAUUGCAACGGUCUUAAAGAAGUAAAAAAGCACUGUAAGAAACUUGAAGAGUCCCAUGAAAUGGGUAAACUAAAUGGGACAUCUUCUGAUUUCAAAACAUUGGCUAGUUCUCCGGAAGUUACUGAUAAUGCCAGUGAUUGUCAGUCAUACCAAUGUGGUUUAUGUGGGGACCGUUUCAAUAAAUUGGUAGCUCUGAAGGAGCAUCAUCUCAUCCAUCAAACCCAGGAAGAAAUUGAUCAGUUGAACCAAGAAGCUCGGAUAACUUUCAGUAGGUCAACGCAUAUGACUAAUACAAUGCAAGAAAGAGGUGCACCUGUUGGAUCUAGCAACAGGAGUAGCAGUGUCCCAGCCAGACUUUAUCCGUGUAAACAAUGCAAUAGGGUUUUCAAUCACUCUAGUAGUUUAUCACGCCACAUGAGGUCCCAUAAAAAGACAAUGCAUAAAUGUCCUUUUUGCAAAAAACUGUUUCCUCAGCACUGUGAUGUGGCAAAGCAUGUAGACAUGUAUCAUCAACCUAAUUUGGAAAAGCAAUCUGGAUUGAAACCAAUGACUCAUGGUUCUAGGCAGACUGCAAAAAAAUCUAGGUGUAUUGGAAAAUACAAAUGUGAGGACUGCGGGAAGAAAUUUGGUCUUAUUAGUGUCUACCAAAGGCACCUACGAUACCACAAGAAAGAACCAACUGUAAACCCUAACAUAAGUUUCAAUAAUUCCCCUUCCUUGGAGCUGCACAUUAAAAGUAGAAUAAUGGCUGGUAUGCCGCAAACAGUCCAGGAAAAGGAUAAUGCAGACAUUGUAAACAUGGAUUCAAGUCAUACUAAAAAUGAUCUUUAUGAAUGUAAUGAAUGCCAACAGACAUUUUCAAACUUGAAAAUAUUCCUUACGCACCAGAAUUCCCACAACUUUAAGAACUCUGAGUAGCUGCUGUCUGGAACGACUCCUUUUCGGGUUUUGAUAUCCCAAUAAUACAAAUGUGAUACUGCCAAAAAUGUAAUCCUCAGGGCCUUUGGUCGAAAUGCUUUAUGCAAGACUUCAAUGAGUCUAGAAUGGUUUAUGGGGUGACCCUGUUUAUGGUCUGAAUCAAAUAUAUUGUCAUGUUCAUGAUAUGUAUUAAAACAAUUGGGAGCGCAAUUUGGAAAUAUGUAUUCAAUAUUUAAUCAUAUCCAUUGUCUACCAUUGUUUGAAGCAACUGAUCCUCUAAUGAUGUGUGAUUUUUAAUUGAAUUCAUGUUUGACCCUUAUGUAAUAAUUGUUUCAUUAAAUGUAUCUUAACCAUUUAUAAAAGUUCCAUUUUUUUUGUAAUGAUAAAAAUGAAUUUCAUACAUA